GGGUGGAUAAAAACCCCGGCUCGCACCCGGUUGCCCUCCCGUGCCACUCAGCUUCAUGGCGGAGUGGCUGGACGUGUGCAACCCGCGAGCCCAAGUGAUCGGAGCGCAGAAGGAUGAGACAGGAGCACCCUGGUUCCGCGAGGGCGCCUUCGUCCGGUCCUACUUUGUGGACGAGCGGUGUCAGUGGAGCCAGGAGCCCUGCGGGCCACACCCGCCAAGCUUCUGCCGGAGGCUUACGAUCAACACCUGGAAGUGCACCUUGGCGGGCGCCAUGCUGGAGGCGGGGCUUCGCUUCAGCGCCCUGCUGGCGCACCUCAAGUUCGGGGUGGAGAUCUUUGUCAACCGGCGCUAUGCGAAAGUCCAGAUGUCGGUGAAGCUGCUCUUCGCGGGCUUCGCGCUGCUGGGCUCCAGCUGGUGGCUGGUGCUGGCGGCGCGGAACACCUGGAGGUACCGCAGCUUUGCACAUCCAGACAGCUGGCUGAAUGAGCUCAUCGCCUUUUGCAGCUCCACGCUCUUGUCGAUGUUCGCUAUGCCCAACGACGUGACGCUGGCCACCAUCCACCUGCUGCCCAAGGAGCAGGGAGGUCUCCUGCGUGAAUCCGGAUGCAUUCAGGGCAACAAGCGAUGGCCGGCGCACAGCAUCGAGCACCACUGCAGGGAUGAUCACGACUACACCAACUGGUCCGGGAGCAAAGUGCAACUCCCGCUGUUGGUCUUCAUCGAUGUGGGAUGCUCACUGAUCGUGAUCUAUCUAGCCAUCACGGAGAGCAUCCUGAGCUCAUCCAUCGUCCUCCUCCUUCUGACGAGCAUUCCGCCAGCUGCAUACCGAGCCUUGUUGUGGCUCCAGCGCUGGCGUCUGCGCCAGCGUCUCUUCGAGAUUUGGCUGAACUUUUGCGCUGAUCCCCUGAUGCCGGAGGCACAGCGCAACAACGUCAUGAGCAAGUACAUCGCCGAGGGCGGUAGUCGCCGUUUGUUGUCCCAGCGCUUGAGUCAAGUCAAGGCCCUGGUGUGACGGAUGCGGAUUCCGCGUUUCGUUUCGACCGAUCCACGUUUCGUUGACACCGUGUGGGGGUGUCUCAAAAUAGGGACACCCCUAAACGAGUGGUUCAACCUGUAGAAAAUUCUGAGUGAGUGGGUAGGGGUCGACAUAGACAUGUUGCUGAAGUGAGUGUCAAACUACUGGUGGCCUGUAAGGAUUUAUUGGGGCCAUGCAGAAUUCCUGGGGAAGAGUGGGCCAAAGCAGGCUCUUAGUUUGGCAAUGCUUGCGAAAUUGGGACGGAUCGAAAUCGAUCCCGGAGUGGCCAGCCGCUUUUGAAGUCAUGGGGCCUUGCCCUGUCAGCUGGCGAAAUGGCAAUCGGCCACAAGCCGUUGCGUUCUAUGUACAUCUAUGUACCAUAUCCGUUGCUUUGCUCCAGGGUGGGGCAACACCUCAUAGAAUGACA